AUGGCUGCCAAGAGAGGCAAGUCUGGCAUGCCACAGAGUGUGGCAAGGAGCGAGCUGAAGGUGUACCGUGUUGGCAGCACAGAGGGUCGCAUCCCGGUGCCGUCCAACCUCCGCAAGCAAAGAUCCCUGACCAACUUGGCAGUGCUGACGGAUGCUGAGAAGAAGAUGCAACUCUAUGAGCCCAAAUGGUGUGACGAUAUGAGCAAGGCUGCCUCGGGCCACCUGAAGAUGGGCAAUCCCAAACCAGCGGGCGGAGGAGGGGCAGGUGGUACCCGACUCUCUCGCAACCUCUCCAAAUCGGACCAUUCCCUAUUCCAGGGCAAACCCAAGUUAUUCACCCCUCUGGCAGCACCUGGGACCUUGGGCAAGGGCCUAAGUCGGAUCCCUCGGGGCCCUUACGCGGAAGUAAAACCCCUUAGCAAGACAUCCGAUGAUUGCAAGUCUGACGAUGAUAUCCUUUCCAGCAAAGCCAAAGCGAAUGCAAAGAAGGGAUCUGUUGGGUUUUACGGGGACCCUGAAGGCAAAAGUCAAGGUGAGGAAGGAGGUGAUAAACCCUUCCUCAAGGUAGACCCAGAGUUGGUGGUCACGGUACUUGGAGACUUGGAGCAAUUACUCUUUAGUCAAAUGCUUGAUCCAGAAUCUCAAAGAAAACGGACAGUUCAAAAUGUUCUGGAUCUCAGACAGAAUCUGGAGGAAACCAUGUCCAGCCUGCGAGGAACCCAGCUCAGGCAGAGCUGCGUGGACAGCAGUGUAUGCUACGACAGUGACGAAACCAAUGCUCGCAGCGUCUCCAGCCUCUCCAACCGCUCCUCACCACUCUCCUGGCGCCACGGUCAGGCCAGUCCCCGCCUGCAAGCUGGCGAUGCCCCUUCCUCUUCAGGCAGCAGCUAUUUGGUGGGCACCAAGGCCACGUCCCAGUACACUUCUCACACGAUGCCCGCUCGCUGUUCUAGCCGCCUCAGCCACACAUCACGCAGCGAGUUUAUUGAAGGGCUGGACGCCGUCGAGAGUGACAUCAAGUCUGGAUAUCUGAGUGAUUCUGAUUUACUCAGCAAGAGUCUAAAUGACGACGACGACGAUGACAAUCUGGCCAAUGGUUGGGAUGAGAGCAGCUCCAUCAGCAGUGGUUUGAGUGAUGGUUCUGAUAAUCUGAGCUCAGAGGAACUUCACGCCAGCUCAUCUCUGAACUCCCUCCCCACUACACCCAUCGGAUCUCUACGCAAUUCUUCCGUUAUGUUGCGAACUGACGCUGAGAAGCGUUCUCUGGUGGAGAGUGGACUGGCCUGGGACAGCGAGGACAGUAAAUCCAUACGGAAGUCUGAUGCCGUUUAUGACACGGGCAGCCUGAAAACAGAAUCCUCCAGCAAAUGGAGGAAAUCUCGGCCUCCAGAUGGUUCCACACUGGAGAAAACAGGGAAAGGUGAACUGAAGAAACCUCAGAGUCUCGGGCAGCCCGGCAGCUUCAAGAAAGGCCGAAAUCCACCAGUGGGCGUCACCUCACCCAUCACUCAUACGUCACAAAGUGUGCUAAAAGUAGCUGCCCUUAAAGUAGAUUCUAAGGCUGUCGAUAAGGUUAAAAUGUCUGUGAAGGCAACGGGUCUCCAGCGUUCCCGUUCAGAUGCUGGUCGUGACAACGCAGAGCACCGUAAGCCCCCCUCGGGCCUGGUGAAACCCUCUGCUGGCACCUCCUUCGGUUACAAGAAACCAUCAGCCACUAUCAUGAGCGGCUCGGCUACUGUGGGCAAAACGCCAAAAUUUUCAGGCAUCAAACCUGUUUCUGGUGAUGGUGGCCGUAAAAACAGCUUUGACGCCAGUGGUUCGGAACAGGGGUUUCUUUCGGCCAAUGCCCGUGGAAGCAUACAAUAUCGCAGCCUGCCACGACCUGCCAAGUCUUGCUCUCUGAGCCUAACAGGGCGACCUUCUUCUCGGCCUGUUAGUGGAACCAUUGAUGCCAGUCUACUAACCCUUAAACCUGUACCACCCUUGUCCAACACAAUGCCUACCAGAGGUAAGGAAGGGGGCAGUCUGAAGUCAAUGAGCCGUCCAUGCAACAUGGGACCCGUUAACCAAACAGAUCGUGAGAAGGAGAAAGAGAGGGCGAAGGCCAAAGCUGACUUUGAGAUUAGCUGUUUGAAGGGCGAGAAUCAGGGCGACAGCUGUGGAGGAGCUGUAGAGAAGAUCCAUAGAGUGCGGAGGACAAGUUCAAGCAAAUAUCCUGAAUUGAGCUCUCCGACCAGCACACCGAGGUUGUUCAGUAGUAAAUCUCUAGUCCAUCCUCCAAGCCUGGCUCACCUAGACAAGGUCAACUCCAACAGUCUGGACUCAUGUAUCACCAUCCAAGACCUUCCCCCCAAGAUCCCUCCCUACUCCAAACUCCAGGACCUGGUUGGCUCCCGUGUGCCUCCUCGACUCACCCCGAGCCCAGCGCCAGUGCUGCACAUCGACUCUCCCAGCUGUUUCUCUGGUCAGGCGCUGUCUGUGAGCAGUUCUCCCAUUCUCUACCCAAAGAUGUCCAGCCUGCACCGCAGCAUGGAGUCGCUACCGCUUCAUAUGAGCGUGCCCACCAAAACUUACAUGGGAGACCGAGAAGAGGCCAGGAGUACUGGAACAUGGGGUGCGGGCAGUAGGACAUCCAUCACCUUGGGUGACAAUUUACAAACUGAUAGAAACACUCUACCCAAGAAAGGCUUCAGUUGCUAUGGCAAUGACCAAUCAGAGGAAGAAGGGAGGGAUCGCCGGCAUUCCCACACGAUCAUGUCCAUGACUGAUUCGGAGAGUCUGCCCCAGCUGCCUUCACCCACACACGUCACACAGCCUUUCAUUGGGAAAACACCGCCAACUAAUGUCGUGGCACCAAUCCCGAGUUCAGGCUCUUGUUCCCAGAUCACUCGCUCCAACAGUAUCCCAGUGAAUGACAUUGGUUAUGAUCUGUACGGCACAUCUCCUCUGGGCAGCUCACUCUCUCUCGCCGACCGACCAAAAAGCAUGAUGCGCUCCGGAUCCUUCCGAGAGCCUGGAGAAGAUGUCCACGGUUCUGUGCUGUCUUUGGCCUCCAACGCUUCAUCCAACUAUUCUUCGACUGAAGAGAGAGUGCAAGGAGAGCAAAUCCGGAUAUUGAGGCGCGAGCUGGAGUCUUCUCAGGAUAAAGUGGCCAAUCUGACCACGCGACUCUCAGCUAACGCAAACCUGGUGGCGGCGUUCGAACAGAGUCUGACGCUCAUGACUGCACGACUGCAAAGUCUAUCAGACACUUCAGAGCAGAAGGAUUCUGAGCUACAGGACCUGAAGGAAACCAUAGAGGUACUGCAGGCCAAGAACACAGAGGCGCAGACCAUCAUUCAAGGGGCUCUCAAUAACCCUGAAAUCACACCCAAAGAGCUGCAGAUUGACCGGCAGAACUCGUCAGAGAGCAUCUGCAGUCUGAACAGCAUCACCAGUCACUCCAGUGCUGGCAGUCUGAAGGAACAAGACGCCAAGAAAAAGAAGAAGAAGAGCUGGGUGUAUGAAUUAAGAAGCUCCUUCAACAAGGCCUUCAGUAAAAAGGGUUCCAAAGCAUCGUACGCAGAUAUCGAGGAGAUUGCAACACCUGUCACAUCAGCCCCCUCGUCGCCCAAAAUCCACCGUGAUGUCGAUAACGCCCCUGCAAAGGCCUCCGCGUCCACAUCAGGGUCAUGUGAGGGCAUAGAACAAGAUGAGAAGGUUGUGAAGGUGUUACGCACCGAACUGUGGGAGAAAGAACGCAAACUGACGGACAUUCGUUUGGAGGCGCUUAGCUCCGCUCAUCAGCUUGAGCAACUGCAGGAGGCCAUGACCAACAUGCAGGUGACGGUAGAGAACCUGAAGGCGGAGAAUGACCAGCUGAAGACCAGUGGCCCAUCCUCCCAUCCACCAAGCUCCGCCUCCCAGACAUCUGGACUCGGUUCGUUGGGCAUCUCAUCACCAAGGCAAUCAGUGUCGUCUUUCAGCAAAAGCUUUGGCGCAGGACAAAAUGAGCCUUACCCAGGUGCCAUUUGUACUCACGUCUUUCAAAGCCCCACCACGACUUUGCAAAAGGAUGAAAGUCUCGUCAGAGUUGUGGUUCGCAUACCAAAUCAAAACCUAUUUAAAGAUGAGGUCAAACAGCAGGAGUUUUUCAUUGGCACAGUGCAAAUCAGUGGCCGGACAGACUGGUUUGCUGUUGACUCUGCACUUAGCCGGGUUUUUAAAGAGUAUUUAUCAGUGGUGGACCCCAGUUCUAGUCUCGGUCUCUCUCAGGACUCCAUCUACAGCUACAGUCUGAGUCAUCUCAAGAGGGUUUUGGGUGCACAGCCGCCCGAAACCCCACCAGUACGUCUCUACACGAAAGGCUCAACCUGUAUCAGUGUGGCACUGAAAGGUCUGAAGGAGAAGUGUGUUGAUGUUCUCGUGUUUGAGACACUGAUACCCAAACCCAUGAUGCAGCAUUACAUCAGUCUGCUGCUAAAACACCGGCGGCUGAUCCUAUCAGGUCCUAGCGGCACAGGAAAGACCUACCUCACCUACCAGCUCGCAGAGUACCUGGUGGAACGCAGCACUCGAGAGGUUACGCCCACCAUCGCUGUCACAUUCAACAUGCACCGCCAGUCCUGCAAGGAUUUGCAGCUCUACCUGUCCAAUCUAGCCAAUCAGAUUGAUCGAGAAAGCAACACAGCUGAAGUCCCAUUGGUUGUCAUCCUGGAUGACGUGCAUGAUGCGGCAUCCAUCAGUGAACUAGUCAAUGGUGCUUUAACCUGUAAAUAUCAUAAAUGUCCAUACAUAAUAGGAACAACCAAUCAGCCAGUGAAGAUGACACCAAACCAUGGACUUCACCUCAGCUUCAGAAUGGUUAUGUUCUCCAAUAACGUGGAGCCAGCAAAUGGGUUCCUGGUGCGUUACUUGCACAGAAAGCUCAUGGAGGCAGAAAAUCCCAGGAGUGUAAGCAAUGAAGAUCUUCUCCGGGUACUGGACUGGGUGCCCAGACUCUGGUACCACCUGCAUACCUUCCUGGAAAAGCACAGCACUUCCGAUUUUCUCAUUGGCCCCUGUUUCUUCCUGUCCUGUCCUGUCACAGUAGAGGAAUUCCGCACAUGGUUUAUUGAUCUUUGGAAUCACUCCAUCAUUCCAUACCUGCAGGAAGGAGCUAAAGAUGGCAUUAAGGUUCAUGGGCAGAAGUCAGUUUGGGAGGAUCCAGUGGACUGGGUCAGGGGGUCCCUACCGUGGCCUUCCGCUCAACAGGACCAGGCCAAACUCUUCCAUCUGCCUCCCCCCAGCACCAGCCCCGGCAGCCCAAGUCAGCCUGGAGACGAUAGGCCGUAUAAAGAGACUCCACCCAGCUCCGUGGAGUCAGAUCCACUGAUGGCCAUGCUGUUAAAACUGCAAGAAUCUGCCAAUCACAUCGAGUCACCGGAGAAAGAGACGAUCCCCAAACUCCCGCUCUAAACACCUGUAUAACCUCCUCCAUCAUUGUUCCUGACCCUUACGCCGAGGUCCAAACUCCAUCAGCCGCCCCACACCUGCAGAUGACGCUGUACUGUUACACUAAAUGCUCAAAGUACACUGCACCUAUUUAUUUAUUAUGGCAUCCAUCCACAUUUACUUUCAUUCGAAUCAGAUCAUAGCAACCAAUCAUUUACAAAAAGGACUGUGGCGGAACAAUGGUUCGGUGAUGCUAAUACCAUGGCGUUUUUAUAUGUACAGUACAGUGUUACGGUUUGAUUGGCAAGUUCCUAUAGCAUGAUAAUACCACAAUACUUUUAAGUAAUGUUAGGUGUCAUAUGAUCCAUACUUUUGUCAUCUAAUAGACAAAAAAUGUAAAGCACUUAUAUCUGAAUAUAUGUUUACAGACACUAAUAGGUAUGCAUUUUAUCUCUCCGGGAACCCUUACUGUCUACACCACUGCUGCCCAUAUAAACAACUCAAGGAAACAGGUGCUAAACUCACUAGUGUGCACGUCAAACUUCAUCUCACAGUCAAAGUCAAGAACAACGGUCCGAUAUAUAUUUCUCCUUACCGAUGUAUGACCAUACGGGCCGUUUUAGUCUAUGCUGCUAUGUAAACGAGUUCAGUUUUUGGGAACUUUGAAUUUCUUUCACCCUUGACUGGCCAGAAAAUAUGCUAUAAUCUAACGUUUUACCAUUGGAAACACUUAUGCAGACAUUUUCUUUCUCUCAAACACAGUGAAUGCCUUACAACUCAAGUGUACUAUCAUGUUUCCUGCUGUAGAGGGCAGUGUUGUUAUUCAUAAAAUAAGAAUUGACUCCCUUUUCAUUUAGAAGUGUGAAUUUAAAUUGACCACAGGAUGUUGAAUUGGAAUUUGAAUGGGCUAUUAAUUCCUGUAUAAUACAUUUUUGCUUGACUGAUUAGACAUGUUGCUAUAAGCUAAGUUUAAUACGGUCAUAACAUUAAACACAGCCUUCAAAAUGUAAUUCACAUUUAGCCAAACAGCACCACAACAUUUUCCACAUUGUUUUCAGAUAGCUUUAUAAAACAAAAUACUGACAUGAAAAAUUUUAUCUGUUGAUUAUAUAAAAUAUUGAACUUCAGUAAGUGGUAAAAUUAUGUGUUAGAUGUAAUAAAAUGUAUAGUAUACCAAUAAAAUAAAUGUAACCUACUUUCUGUAGGUAUUAUUAAUAGUAUCUGGUGUUUCUGGAAAUACCAUGUUAUAACAUGUUUAUUACUAAUUAAUACUGAAAAAUGAAAACUACACCUACAGCAGGUGAAUUCAAACUCAAAUUACAACUUUACAUUCUGUUUAAAAGGUAUACGCAAUCCAGUUCUUAAUGGCGUACUAUCUUGGUACAGUGUUGACAAAAUAAAAGAAUCCACUCCAACACCUCAGAACCACGUUGUAAAGAUAUCAGUUCCCAACCGCAACCGGCUGUGAACGCGCUCAGCUGCACUUUGUUUUACCGUAAUGUUACUGUAGAGAUCUUUCACUUUGGCUUUGUCACUGAGCUCAGGGGUUUGGUUAUCUCAGGCCUCUAAUUAUCUUCUCAGUUAACUGCUCUCUUUGUAGCAAAUGGUGCAACUAUAGCGUAUGAAAACCAAAUACUCCGUGCUUAACUUAGUACCAAACUUUUAUUUAGUGUACAAGAAACAAGAACUCCAACAAAGUACAUAGGGAUGUGAUGCUGUAAACUGGACGGCAAAGAUUAUCCUCGAUCAUUUGGUGCUAUCGGAUAUCAAUAAAGGAAAAUGUUUCCUGUAGAAAUCGCACUUGACAUCAAUUGCCUUGGUCUCAUAGUGUUUAAUGGCAUCUUUAGAUACAACCAAGUGAUGAAGACUUUGCUUGUCAGAUUACGUUUUAUUUGUUUGAUCCUUUUCAGUUAGUAGUUUAGGUUUCAAACCGUCUUUUAGACAUGAAAAUACACAGCAGAAUCGAAACAAAGCAAAUCUAGAUGCAACAUUUAAUAAUAAUGUAGUGUAUGUAAAUAAUGUACACUACAUCCGAAUGUUUCACAAGUAUCUUGUGUAGUUAGACAAUAGAAGAAGUGGAUUCACUCGAAGAAGGCAGUGGUGAACCAGUAAUUUCCCGUCUUUGUAUCUGAAAAUACUACUCGGAUCCAAGCAUGCAUGUAAGAACUGGACUUUGGGGUGAAAGUAAAAAGUAUUAACUCAAAUUCAUUCCAUUAUUCCUUUCAUAUGUUACAGUAUCAUUACUCUUCUGUGUAAAAAUACAAUUUCAUAAGUCCUUCUCUUCAUGUAUUUCAAGAAAAGUAAACAAAUGGUUCACUGGAGUUUAUUAGCCGGAUCGAAAUGUCAAUUAUUACAUUUUUUUUGGACUAUUUUUGAGCCUUCUUCAUUAGCACUGCUGCUUCCAGUGAAAUGUGUGAGAUACACUACCGUUCAAAAGUUUUGAAACACUUGACUGAAAUGUUUCUCAUGAUCUUACAAAUCUUUUGAUCUGAAGGCGUAUGAUUACGUUUGAAAUUAGUUUUGUAGACUAAAUGUAAUUGUGCCACCAUAUUCAUUUAUUUAAUUAUAAACUGAUGAAAUUGAUGACUUGGACCAAAUAAUAACGAAAAGCAGCCGAUAAGUGCCCAACAUAGAUGGGAACUCCUUCAAUACUGUUUAAAAAGCAUCCCAGGGUGAUUCCUCAAGACGUUGGUUGAGAAAAUGUCAAGAGUACAUAUCUUCAGGUGACUACUUUGAAGACUAUUUGAUUUGGAUUUUGUUUAGUCACAACAUAAUUCCCAUAGUUCCAUUUAGUUUUGAUGACUUUAAUAUUAUUCUAAAAUGUGAAGAAAGAAAAUUAUAAUAAAGAAUGAGUGUUUCAAAACUUUUGACUGUUAGUGUGUGUGUGUGUAUAUAUAUAUAUAUACAUAAUUACAUUCCAGAGAUAAAACCGUGUGAUGAUGGCUUUUGAUGCUUAUACACAUAAGAAAAAAAUCUAAUUUUCUAACGAUAGGAUCUUAGGUGCAUUUGGCCCACUUGCAGUUGCAUGUUUGAUAGCAAUGCUAUAAUAACAAUGUGCAAUAAUCAAUGUUUUUUUUUUUUUGUAAAUUAUCCAAACAUCCUUAAAACAAAAUAAAUUCACUUGAGAAGCAACAUUUUCUGCGAUAUUACGACUAUAUCUUGAAAUCUUAAAAUAAUCUAACUUAGCUCACAUAUAUAUAUAUAUAUAUACACACCAAUCAGCCACAACAUUAAAGCCACCUGCCUAAUAUUGUGUAGGUCCCCCUCGUGCCGCCAAAACAGCACCAACCCGCUUCUGACAUGAUUUUCUUCUCCCCAAAAUUGUACAGAGUGGUUAUCGGAGUUACCAUAGACUUUGUCAGUUUGAACCAGUCUGGCCAUUCUCUUUUGUCCGCUCUCAUUAACAAGGUGUUUCCGUCCACAGAACUGCCGCUCACGGGAUGUUUUUUGUUUUUGGCACCAUUUGGAGUAAAUUCUAGAGACUGUUGUGUGUGAAAAUCCCUGAAAUACUCACACCAUCCCGUCUGGCACCAACAAUCAUCCAUUCGAUUAUCUAAUCAACCAAUCGUUUGGCAGCAGUGCAUAAAAUCACGCAGAUACGGGUCAGGAGCUUCAGUUCAUGUUCACAUCAACCAUCAGAAUGGGGAAAAAUGUGAUCUCCGUGAUUUGGAGCAUGGCAUGAUUGUUGGUGCCAGACGGGCUGGUUUGAGUAUUUCUGUAACUGCUAUUCAUGGAUGCGGGUUGGCACAGUUUCGGUGGCACGAGGGGGACCGACACAAUAUUUGACGGUGUGUGUGUGUGUGUGUGUGUGUGUGUAUUAGCCUAUUUUUAAGAUUUACUUAAUUAUAUUUCAUUACAAAAUUUCAUCCAAUUCAAUUGGGUAACUUGUAGCAAAAGUUAAUUAAUACAAAUUAAAAUAUAUGUAGUUUUUUAAAGAUUACUCAAACUUUGAUGAAAUUUUGUUAUGAAAUUGAAAUUUGUACAUGUUAAAAAUAUUUUGUUUAGUGUACUGGAAAACAAAAGAUAACAAUAAUGAUUAAGAAUAAUUUACACUUUAUAAAUGCAGUAUGUUGUUGGUUAAGUACCACUGAAUUUGUAACCGGAUAAAAGAACUUAGGAAAUAAAUCUCAUGUUGUUUUACAAUUCUGGUUUAACGCAAACAGGUAAAGAUAAUUUCGCAACCCCUUCUGACUGAUUAUAGCUAUUCUCAUUUCAAAGCACCUGUUAAAGACAUUUAUUAGUGUAACUGAAGCCGUUUUACACUGUGCGUGUGUGAUAGCUGUGCUGUGUUGUGCUAAAACUCAUUAAACGUGACAAUUCAGCAACUUUUUACCAUUUACUUUGUCAGUCUAGGAAUUGUACUGACGGCAUAUGGAUGGUGAUUGCAAAAAAACUGGACUACAAGUAUAUUUACAUUGUUUUAGUUUUAUUGAAGUGCUUCUCUUGUCUUUCACUCUUAAGCUUUGGGUCUGCCUGUCAUUAUCUGCUAUAUCUCACAGUCUUUAGCAACAUUACAUGGCCAACAUUGUGUGUCUACAAACUUUUAGCCAUGUAGUGCAUUUUUUUAAGGCACCUUUUUUGUGUGGACUGCAUUUAUUGCAAUAAUUCAUUGUGGGUUAUGAGUGACGAGCAACAGGUUUAUUUCAACCCUGUGUUUGGGUGAUUGUAUGCCUCGGUGAAGAUGUCUUUGGCCAGGAUAAAGUUUGGGCAAAUGUGCAAGCACUUACACGGCUCUCGAAUGAACCUAGAUGGGGACCGGUGAUGAGUCUUUGCCAUCAUAUGCUUUAGUUUUGAUGUAAACGAUUCAAUGUUCUCAGAGGACCAAUGGAAGAAUGUUACAAAAGAUAUUACAAAGUGGUGAUAAGUUGCUGAAUCGUCCCUUCACUUCACGCAAUGCUUAAUAUUUAUUCAAAAGUCCAAUACUAUUCCAUAAAAGGUCAUAUGAUGGUAGAUGAUGUUCGUUAAAUGUGCAAUGGGUUUCUAAAUGUUGUAAACGCAUGUCACCUUAGUGUGUUCUGCCUAAUUUGGGGUCAUAUAAAAGGAAUGAUUGAACGUUCUUGUUUGUUAUUUCCCCCAAAUGAUUAUUUGUAAAACCUAAGUUCCAUUUUGUACAGAACGUUAUAAAUGUAUACAUUGUAAAUAGAGUGGCCCUGCAUUUGCAACAACAAUCAUUUAAGAAAAAACAGUAAUGUCAUUGAGAAAUGUGGUUUGUGUGGGAGAAAUGGUGGAUGCCCAGUACACAUGUGAGCUGGCAUGCUUCUGAUGUUCAAAAGAAGACAAUGUCCAUCUGUCAUAA